AUGAAUAGAGGAUUUCGCUUACCAAUUCAACUAAAUCCGCACAAUCAAUCGGCAGAUCAAGCUACUAGACAGGAAACGCUUGUAGAUUCGCAAUUUAUGUCAUUAAGAUCCGUCCGCUCGUUGCAUUCCUCGUUGCGUUUGUACUACUCUUCCGAUCUUAAGCUGACCUUGUUCUCAAAGGACAACUGCGGGCUGUGUGACAAGGCCAAGGAUGUGAUGGGCAAGGUAUUGAAGGAUAAUCAAGAAUUGGAGCGGAAGGCCGUUUACACAAUCGUUGACAUUGACGAUCCCGCAAAUAAGGAUUGGUGGGAAAAAUACUGCUUUGAUAUACCAGUCCUUCAUAUAGAGGACAGUACAAGACAAGGGUCCCUAUUGAAAAUCUUUCAUCGGCUGGAUGAAAAGGAUGUGGUAGACAAAAUUAAUAGUUUCAAAUGA